UGGGUCGGGUCGGAAGGGGCCACGGGAGGGUCAUCCGGUCCGUUCUCCCUGCUCCAGCGGGGAUAUCCUAGAGCACGUGGCACAGGAUUGCCUCCGGACAGUUCUUGCAUAUCUCCGGUGAGGGAGACUUCACAAGCCCUCUGUGGAAUCCGUUCAGUGUGCGGGCACCCGCACAGUAAAGAAGUUCUUCCUCAUGUUCAGGUGGAACUUUCUGUGCAUCAGUUUCUGCCCAUUCACUCUUGUCCUGUUGCACGGCACCGCCGAGAAGAGCCCGCAUCCAUCCUCUCUUAUGGUCUUAAGGGGUAUCCCCUCUCUUAGACACUUAGGGACCUUGAUGAUGUCCCCUCUCAGUCCCCUUCUCUAUGUCGCACUGCCCUGUUGCUCUCAGCAGUGCAUCUGCAGGGAGAGGCAAGUUUAUUCCGUGUUUUUUGGGGGACCAGUACUGCUUUAGAAUGCAAUGGCUCCCGUCAGUGCAAUAAAAUUCCUCUUUAGAUGACAGGGAAAGGGGAGUUUGCCCUUUUCUGUGUUUUCAUGCUUACUUAACUUUAAGUGAAAGUUGAAUGUGACUUGCAUUUGCAGCAGAGGGAGCUUUGAAAUAAUUUGGACAUGUAAAGUAGUGUCAUGUAUUUUUAAAUAUUUUUUUCCAUUUGUGGUUCUGUGCAUUCUGAAGGACUGAAACUAAAGUAGUAGAACAAGAGUAGUUCUCUUGCAUCAGGGAGAUCUGAGAGCUGAUAAACAAGACCUUUUCUUUGAAUGCUGUGACAUUUUAGAAAGCAGCAGACUUAAAGACAAGGCACUGUGGCACAGCCUGUCUAAAAAAAAUGUGUAUGUGAAUGUUAGUGAAGUCUAAAAAAGUCCUCUGUUACAAACCUGAAUUGUGUAAGAGCACAGCAGGAUGACUAAAGCAAAAAUAAUUCAGCAUCUGAUGAAUUAUAGUUAAUGUCAAGAGGGUGCACUAUUGCCAGACAAAAUGGAUGUUGAGUUUCUAACUUUUUUUUUCCCCUAGUUGUUUUUUUUUGAGAGCCUUUAUAGAGUUGGAGGACACUGAGCAGGUACAGGCUGACUGGAAGGAACAAGUGGCUUUAUACCAUCAUGGCUGCUGUCUCCUCAAAGUGUGGAAUUCUCACAUUCGCCCUUGGUUGUUCUGGAGAGGGAAUCACCACCACCAGUUCCAGUGGCUCCCGCUAAGUCCCGCAUGUGUAAGGAAGGUCUUCUUGAUUCCUCCUCUUUGAUAUCAGUCAUUUUCCCCUGUGUUUCUUUUCAUUUCUCCCUCCAGUUCACCAGAAGCUGUCUACUUCCUCUCACAAGGGCUACAUCUUAUGCUGCAGUGUCACUGGGAUGCAGCUGAGGGUAGUGCUCUGAGCAGUCCAGGUUGGCCAUGAUGCACUAUAGCAGGUGAGCCAUGUCUUUCCAUUCUGGGCGAGGAUGUCCCCGUGGCCAGGGGGGACCAGGAGCAAGAACUUCAGCACAGACCUACCGCCCUCAGAACCUCCGGCAGCUUCACCCACAGCAGCCCUCUGUACAGUACCAGUAUGAGCAGCAAACCGCCCCUCCAACAUCCUACUCCAGCCCUCCAACCACGGGUUACAUGCCUCCCAGGCCAGACUUUGUGCCCUAUCCUCCGCCAGUGCCCCCUUCCACACAAAAUCCCAUCAGCCAGUGUCCCAUGAGGCCACCAUUUCCAAACCACCAGAUGAGGCAGAGCUUCCCAGUGCCUCCAUGUUUCCCUCCCACUCCUCCACCGGUGCCAAAUCCUAGUAACACUCCCGUGCCAGGAACACCUGCCGGACAAAGCACCUUUCCUUACAUGAUGCCUCCCCCCACAGUACCACACCCUCCCCCCCCGCCAGUCAUGCCACAGCAAGUCAGCUACCAGCCCGUGUACUCGGCAGGGUACUCGCAGCAGUCCUUCCCGCCGCCCAGCUUCAACAGCUACCAGCACAGCUCCGGCUCCUUCCCGAGCAGCACUGCCAGCAGCAGCGCCAGCGGCAGCCACUUCCGGCACACGGGGCAGUACCAGGGAGAGAAGUCCCAAAGUGACCGGCGCUCCCCGGACAGGAGCAAGCACUACGAUGAGCACCGGCACCGCGAGCACGGUCACAUUCACGGCGACAGGCAUCGCUCCGCUAACCACGGGGAUCGUCGGGAGCGCGGCCGCAGUCCGGAUAGGAGGAGGCAGGAAAGCAGUCGGCACCGGACAGAUUAUGACAGAGGAAGGAUAUCACCUCAUCACAGAAGUUAUGAGCGAAACAGGGAGCGGGAGAGGGAGAGGCAUCGGCACCGUGACAGCAGAAGAUCACCGUCACCAGACAGAUCCUACAAAAAGGAUUACAAGAGAGCAGGAAGCCGGUCUCCAAGCAGAGAGAGAAAGAGAACCCGGUGGGAGGAGGACAGAGAAAGGUGGUCUGAGAACCAGAGCUCCAGUAAAGAGAAGAAUUAUACUGCUGUCAAAGACAAAGAAUCAGAAGAGAAUGCAUCUGAAAAAAAUGAAGAGGAAGAUGAGGAAUUACUUAAGCCAGUAUGGGUUCGCUGUACCCAUUCUGAAAGCUAUUAUUCCAAUGACCCUAUGGAUCAAGUGGGGGACUCUACUGUGGUAGGAACAAGCAAGCUCCGGGAUCUGUAUGAAAAGUUUGAUGAGGAGUUAGGAAAGCGACAGGCAAAGGCCAAAGCAGCCAGGCCACCAUGGGAGCCACCAAAAACCAAGCUGGAUGAAGAUUUAGAGAGCUCCAGUGAGUCAGAGUGUGACUCUGAAGAUGACAGCAGCUGCUCCAGCAGUUCAGAUUCGGAUGUUAUUGACGUCAUUGCAGAAAUUAAGCGAAAAAAAGCACACCCUGAUCGUCUCCAUGAAGAAUUGUGGUACAAUGAUCCAGGACAGAUGAAUGAUGGACCUUUGUGCAAGUGCAGUGCGAAAGCCCGGCGAACAGGAAUAAGACAUGGCAUUUAUCCUGGUGAAGAGCCCAUUAAACCAUGUCGCCCCAUGACCAACAAUGCUGGAAGACUAUACCACUACCGAAUUACUGUGUCACCUCCCACAAAUUUCUUAACAGACAGACCUACUGUUAUUGAGUAUGAUGACCAUGAAUAUAUCUUUGAAGGGUUCUCCAUGUUUGCACAUGCCCCACUAACAAACAUUCCUCUAUGCAAAGUAAUCAGGUUUAACAUUGACUAUACAAUUCAUUUCAUUGAGGAGAUGAUGCCUGAGAAUUUUUGUGUGAGAGGCCUUGAACUGUUCUCUUCAUAUCUAUUCAAAGAUAUUUUGGAGCUGUACGACUGGAAUCUUAAAGGUCCUUCACUUGAAAAUGAUUCUAUUUCCUGUCCCAGAUACCACUUCAUGCCACGGUUUGUGAGAUUUCUCCCAGAUGGAGGGAAAGAAGUACUCUCAAUGCAUCAGAUUCUUCUCUACUUGUUACGAUGCAGUAAAGCUCUGGUGCCUGAAGAGGAGAUUGCCAACAUGCUUCAGUGGGAAGAACUGGAAUGGCAGAAAUAUGCAGAAGAAUGCAAAGGGAUGAUCGUUACCAGCCCUGGCAUGAAACCCAGCUCAGUUCGUAUUGAUCAACUAGACCGCGAACAAUUCAAUCCUGAUGUAAUUACUUUCCCUAUUAUUGUACACUUUGGGAUACGACCUGCUCAGCUCAGUUAUGCCGGAGAUCCUCAAUACCAAAAGCUGUGGAAGAGUUAUGUGAAGCUGCGUCACCUACUGGCUAAUAGUCCCAAAGUCAAACAGGCUGAUAAACAGAAGUUAUCACAAAGAGAGGAAGCACUGCAGAAAAUUCGUCAGAAGAACACAAUGAGACGUGAAGUGACUGUGGAGUUGAGCAGCCAGGGAUUCUGGAAAACAGGGAUACGCUCUGACGUCUGCCAGCAUGCCAUGAUGCUUCCUGUCCUCACCCACCAUGUCCGCUAUCAUCAGUGUCUGAUGCACUUGGACAAAUUGAUAGGCUACACUUUCAGAGAUAGGUGCUUACUGCAGCUUGCCAUGACCCACCCAAGUCACCAUUUAAAUUUUGGGAUGAAUCCAGAUCAUGCCAGGAAUUCCUUAUCCAACUGUGGGAUUCGACAGCCCAAGUAUGGAGAUAGAAAAGUUCACCAUAUACACAUGAGAAAAAAAGGGAUAAACACCCUGAUAAAUAUUAUGUCCCGUUUGGGACAGGAUGAUCCAGCUCCUUCCAGGAUUAACCACAAUGAGCGUUUAGAAUUUCUGGGAGAUGCUGUGGUGGAGUUCUUAACAAGUGUCCACUUAUACUACCUGUUUCCCACUCUGGAGGAAGGAGGAUUAGCUACGUACCGCACUGCCAUUGUGCAGAACCAACACCUGGCCAUGCUGGCUAAGAAGCUGGAACUAGAACGAUUCAUGCUCUAUGCUCAUGGUCCAGACCUUUGUAGGGAGUCAGAUCUCCGCCAUGCCAUGGCCAACUGCUUUGAAGCCCUGAUAGGAGCUGUUUAUCUAGAGGGAAGCCUAGAAGAAGCAAAACAAUUAUUUGGACGUUUGCUCUUCAAUGAAAAGGACCUGCGGGAUGUAUGGCUUAAUUAUCCACUACACCCACUCCAACUGCAGGAAUCUAAUACUGACAGGCAACUCAUUGAGACCUCUCCAGUUCUUCAAAAGCUUACAGAGUUUGAGGAGGCGAUUGGAGUCAUCUUUACUCAUGUUCGGCUUCUAGCACGUGCGUUCACUCUGAGGACAGUAGGCUUUAACCAUCUGACUCUAGGCCACAACCAGAGGAUGGAAUUCCUGGGUGACUCCAUAAUGCAGUUGGUAGCCACGGAGUAUUUAUUCAUACAUUUCCCCGAUCAUCAUGAAGGGCACUUAACGCUCUUGAGAAGUUCUUUGGUGAACAACAGAACACAGGCCAAGGUUGCAGAAGAGCUGGGCAUGCAAGAGUUUGCCAUCACUAAUGACAAGACAAAAAGACCUGUAACUCUUCGAACUAAGACUUUGGCUGAUCUCUUGGAAUCCUUUAUUGCUGCCCUGUACAUUGAUAAAGAUUUGGAAUACGUUCACACUUUCAUGAAUGUUUGCUUUUUUCCACGGCUAAAGGAGUUUAUUUUAAAUCAAGAUUGGAAUGAUCCUAAAUCUCAGCUUCAGCAGUGCUGCUUGACUCUCAGGACAGAAGGAAAAGAGCCGGACAUUCCUCUUUACAAGACCUUGCAGACAGUGGGACCUUCUCAUGCCAGGACGUACACAGUAGCUGUUUACUUCAAAGGGGAAAGAAUAGGAUGUGGUAAAGGUCCAAGUAUUCAGCAAGCAGAAAUGGGAGCUGCAAUGGACGCACUUGAAAAAUAUAACUUUCCCCAGAUGGCCCAUCAGAAACGGUUCAUUGAACGGAAGUACAGACAAGAGUUGAAAGAAUUGAGGUGGGAAAGAGAGCAUCAAGAGAGAGAGUCAGAGGAGACUGAAGAAGCAAGGAAAUAAAAGGAGGGCACAGAAGCAGUGGCAUAUUUACUUACUUAAUAACUCUGACUGUGGCCUAUGGAGACCUAACCUAGUUUCUUGCAGAUGAUGAAUGAAGAGUGCCUGUUGAUAUCAAAAAGAAAAUUGUAAUCUCUUCCUUUAAAAGUGUGUGCAAAUACAUGAUUUCUUUAGUUUGGUUUUAAGUUUGGCUUUUUAAUAAGAUUUGGGUUUAAACCCUUUUAAUUUUUAUGAAAAGUUGUUGAUUAUUUUUUUUAUUUUUACUGUCUUGUAUGAAGUAAUAAAGUCUUAAUUUCAAUGCUAAUAGGA